UAGUGCAGAGGCAAAGGAAGGGGCAAGGGAAGGGGCAAGAUCAAAGGCAAGGGCUAGGGCAAAGGGAAGGGAAGGGGCAAAGGCUAGGGCAAAGGCAAGGGAAGGGGCUAGGGGGAUCCCGCGCUAUGCUUCCCCCGUUGGCCUCCUGGCUUUUGCCGCUGGCCGCAAGCCUUCAUGCCGCCGCCGGAGCGCCCCCGCCCCCUGCCCCGGAUGGGAACCGGUCGCGAUCGCGCGGGGAGAGCGGCGUGGUGGAGAGCGUGGACCGGACCUACGCGGGCGGCGGCAAGGUGGGCUACCUGCUCUACGCGGGCGGGCAGCGCUUCCUGCUGGACCUGGAGCGAGGCCCGGGCGAGGGGCGCUGCUUCUACCGGGGCACCGUGGACGGCAGCCCCCGCUCCCUGGCCCUCUUCGACCUCUGCGGCGGCCUGGACGGCUACUUCGCGGUCAGGGACGCCCGCUACACCAUCAAGCCCUGGCUGCGGCCGCGGGAGCUGGCCGAGGGGCGCGUCUACGGCGAUGACUCCGCCCGGGUGCUCCACCUGUACUUCAGGGACCCUUUCCGCUUCCAGGCGCUGCCCGCCCGGCCCAGCUGCGAGACCCGAGGGCCGGAGGACUCCCUGGCGCUCCCUCCCCGCCCCCGCCCCCGCCCCCGACGCCGCCGACGCCGGCGACGCUCCAUUUCGCGGGCGCGGCAGGUGGAACUCCUCCUGGUGGCCGACCACUCCAUGGCCCACAAGUACGGCCAGGGCCUCCAGCACUACCUGCUGACCCUCGCCGGCAUCGCCUCCCGCCUCUACGGCCACGCCAGCAUCGAGAACCCCAUCCGGCUGGCCGUGGUCAAGGUGGUGGUGCUGGGGGACAAGGAGAAGGGCCUGGAGGUCAACAAGAACGCCGCCACCACCCUCAAGAACUUCUGCAAGUGGCAGCACCAGCACAACCAGCUCGACGACCAGCACCAGGAGCACUACGACGCCGCCAUCCUCUUCACCCGAGAGGAUUUAUGUGGGCAUCAUUCAUGUGAUACUCUGGGAAUGGCUGACGUUGGAACCAUAUGCUCUCCUGAGCGCAGCUGUGCAGUGAUUGAAGAUGACGGCCUCCAUGCGGCUUUUACAGUGGCUCACGAAAUUGGGCAUCUCCUUGGACUUUCCCAUGACGAUUCCAAAUUCUGCGAAGAGAACUUUGGUUCCAUGGAAGACAAAAGACUUAUGUCUUCCAUUUUAACAAGCAUUGAUGCUUCCAAACCAUGGUCCAAAUGCACAUCAGCAACAAUAACAGAAUUUCUGGAUGACGGCCAUGGUAACUGUUUACUGGAUCAACCACGAAAGCAGAUCUUGGGCCCUGAGGAACUUCCAGGACAAACAUAUGAUGCCAUUCGUCAGUGUAAGCUGGCAUUCGGGUCUGAAUACACAGUGUGCCCUGGAAUGGACGUGUGCUCUCGUCUGUGGUGUGCGGUUGUUCGCCAAGGUCAGAUGGUGUGUUUGACCAAAAAACUCCCUGCUGUGGAGGGGACACCCUGUGGAAAAGGAAGAAUCUGCCUUCAGGGAAAAUGUGUUGACAAAACAAAGAAAAAAUAUUAUUCGGCUUCAAACCAUGGGAAUUGGGGGUCCUGGGGGCCAUGGGGCCAAUGCUCCCGUACAUGUGGUGGCGGCGUUCAGUUUGCCUAUCGUCACUGCAAUAACCCAGCACCUAGAAACAAUGGUCGGUAUUGCACUGGAAAGCGGGCCAUCUAUCGCUCCUGUAAUGUUGUGCCUUGCCCUGCCAAUGCUAAAGCUUUUCGGCAGGAACAGUGUGAAGCAAGGAAUGGCUAUCAGUCAGAUGCAAAAGGUGUCAAAACCUUUGUAGAAUGGGUCCCCAAAUAUGCAGGCGUGCUCCCAGGAGAUGUUUGCAAACUCACUUGUCGAGCCAAAGGAACUGGCUACUAUGUAGUUUUCUCUCAAAAGGUAACUGAUGGAACUGAAUGUAGACCAUACAGUAAUUCAGUGUGUGUUCGUGGCAAAUGUGUGAGAACAGGAUGUGAUGGAAUUAUAGGCUCAAAACUCCAGUAUGAUAAAUGUGGAAUCUGUGGUGGAGACAAUUCUAGCUGCACAAAAGUUAUGGGAACAUUCAAUAAAAAGAGUAAGGGCUACACAGAUAUUGUAAAAAUACCAGAAGGAGCAACCCACAUCAAAAUACGUCAGUUCAAAACUAAAGAUCAGACAAGGUUCACAGCUUACUUGGCCCUGAAAAAAAGGAAUGGUGAGUAUCUUGUCAAUGGGAAAUACAUGAUCUCAACCUCAGAAACCAUCAUUGACCUCAAUGGAACCGUCAUGAACUACAGUGGCUGGAGUCACAAAGAUGAUUCCCUUCAUGCGAUGGGACAUACAGGUACAAAGGAGAUCCUUAUAGUGCAGAUUCUUGCAACUGAUCCAACAAAGCCAGUGGAUGUACGCUAUAGUUUCUACGUACCAAAGAAACCAACCCAAAUAACAAACUCUGUUACAAGUAACAGCAGCAGCAACAAACUGACAGCUCCACUCACACAGCCCCAAUGGGUGACUGGACCAUGGCUUUCUUGUUCUCGAACAUGUGAUACAGGCUGGCACACAAGAACUGUACAGUGUAAAGAUGGAAAUGAAAAAUUAGCAAAAGGAUGUUCUCUGUCUCAAAGACCUUCAGCAUUUAAGCAGUGCUUGCUCAAAAAAUGUUAACCUGUGGUUACAGGCUUCUUCAAAAGGAGUCUCAUUAAGUCAUAUCUGACACAUUGACAUAAGAUCUACCUGGGUGCGGAGAAAAAUGAACACUUCAGGAUACUUUCAUAUCGUCUGAAAUUAUGGGCAGAAUCUGCCUAUUUGGACCAAAUGAAAAUAUGUACUGUUCUGGGGAUCUUAAUAUGUCAAAUGCACUAAGCAUUAGUUGUUAUAAAGCCCUUUGUAUCUGCAAAUAAGAAGAGGAUAAACCAGUGAAUGGGUGAUCAUGAGAUAUCUGAAGGUUACAGAAUCAUCUCCCCUUUUUCACCUACCUCUAACACAAUACACCCUUAGACAAUUGUCAUAUUUAACCAUGAUACCACAACAGCUUCUUUUUAUACUAUUUGUAAAUACUUUUACUUUGGUAUGUCACUUUAUGUCACUUGCUGUUCUUGUGAAAGGAUGAUAGCUUUUCUAUUUGACACAAGUGAUUGACCAAAAUGUGUCUCCAGCCAUUUAGGGUUCAUUCAGGUUUUUAAAGAGAUGGCUGUGGAUACUUAAUUGAAAAAUUAAGAGCUUGCUGCUUUGAAAAAAUACAUUUUUGACAACAGGAAAUACAUUUCAGUUCUAAAAAUUUCCUGACAAAAAGUUCUGUUCUAUUUUAAUGCCUUUCUAAUGAAAAAAAAUCAUACAAGAACACCUCUGCAGCAAUAAAACAGCUGCUUGAAUAUAUCUUGAACACAAACAAAAAGUAAGAUGGAUACUUUUUUCUGGAUUAACAAUUCAGGUAAUAACAAUGAAAAUGACAAAAGAAUCAAUUGUGUAAAACAGGGGUUGGAACUGUUUGCCCUCAGAGAUUAAUAGGCUUCAUCUAGCAUAUCUCACAAUCAAUUAUUCUUGUUAGGGUUGCUGGGGCCUCCAGUCAACCUGUAUCUGAAGCUGCACAAUUCCCAUAUUUGGUACAGGAGGUAGACAAAUGGAGGAGGAGACUACUGGGAAGGAAUUCAGUAAGUGGUAACAAAUGUUAGAAGCAACAUUCCUUGGGAAUAAUCCAUCAAGACUAUGUCAGGAGUUGGUAGUCUAGACAGGUGUCCUUUUCUCUAUGUCUCUUUCUCCUAGUUGUCCCAACUUAGCAGGCAACUGGGGAACAAAUCACUCUUGGAAGUCUGUGUAAGGCCUUUGGGAGCCACAGGUCAACCAGUCCUGAAAGAGGUGCUGGGUCAUGUUUUAAUCAUCUUCUGACUCAUAUAAUCUGAAACUUAUUCAUUAUAUGUUAGAUUUCUGGCAGCCAUAGUGAAACUAAAACAAUGAAUUUGUUACCUUCUGUGAUGACAUUUAAAAACAUACUGCAUAUCUUGCAUAUAGCAAUAUUUUAUACAAUAAUUUUAAUUCUAGGACUAUGUAUUACCACUCAGAUACCAAGUCCAGAGAUAUACACAUGAUCAGAUAUGAAUAGAGAUGUCCUCUGCCCAACUUCUUCAUUAUUUCCAUGAAGAAUGUGCUAUCUUUUGCACAUUUAAUGUGGGUCCUAACAUUAAAUGAAAAGAGUCAGUCUUUUAAUUGCCCAUAAAAGUCACAUAUCAGUAAAAAGUGCAUUGCUGAGGGCACCCAUGCACAUUAUUUGUUGUUGCUGUGGAUAUUUUAGUUUUAAUUUGUGUUCAAGAAAUUGAAUAUUUUAUUUUUGAACACUUUGCAUAUUUUUGUGGAUUAAGAAUGCAGUUCUGUGCCCACUUUCCUGGGAGUAAGCACUAUUGAAGUCAAUGGGAUAUACUUUAGAGUAGUCACAAAAAUGAUUAAAUAGCUUCAUAAGAGACACAGGAAAUUCAAGUCAUAUUUUAAUAUCAUCAUUAUAGUCAAUACUAAGUAUUUUCACAGUGCAAAGUAUUGUAGAAAAUAUUUUCCAUUUUAGUAAGGUAACGUAAAUACCUCAUCUGAAAUCUAGUGAAAUCAAUUUACUUUUGGAUUAUAUUUAUAUAUUAUGAAAAUCUUAAAUGUGGAAAUAUAAUAGAAAUGAAUAUAGGUAUCACUUCUGUUCUCAGUGCCUUACAUAAUUAUUAUAAGUGUAAACAAUUCUAAUUUUAUAAAUUUCUAUUGAAAUUCUUAUCUAUUUCAAUGGGAUCAGGGUUAUAUCAAAAAUAAUUUUCAUUCAAAUUUUGAUCUAAAAUCUUUGCACGUGUAUGUGUGGCUCCAGAACCAAGUUCUGAUGUUGAUCUGAAAUUGUGAUCAGGGUACAUAAUUCUAUGCAUAACAUUUCUGUUGUUAUGCCAAAAUCAUUGAGGAAAAUAAUUCAGUGUUAAGCCACUCCAUUAAUAUAAGUCUUGUUGACUUGCAUGAGGAGAACACUAUGUGACACUUAAAUAAUUAGUUAGUUGGGUGGGAUGAACACUACAAUUCAGUAGUAAAAUUACCAUGUCACAGUUCCACUUUUGUUCUUGACUAGUGCUAUAACUUUGUAAAAGCUACUCAUCAAUGAUGACUGACAGCUGUUCUUUCACAUUGCCAGGAUAUGACCAGUUAAAGAAUAUGGGUGCACUUAUUAAGCACAUUAACACAGAGAUUCAGCUAGUGGGCAUUUAUUUUUUAAUCAUUUAAGGAAAACCAUUUUCUCCAAUGCAGUUCUAACCAUGUGCAAUUGUAUAUAAUUAGUUGUGGCAGAAUAGAAUUUAGAUAAAGAGCUAUGCACCAAGAGUAAAUAAUACCCUCACCUAUAAUGCGAAUGGUCAAAUUUGGUGAGCUACAAGCCAAUUUUUCACCACUAGCUACCAUACCCAGUUUAUAGAUCCAAGAAAAGAAUAGGUCCUUGCUUUGACGGCAGUCCUGAUCAAUUGUACCUUAAAGCAGGUCUUGCAGUGGGCUUAAAGAAGACAUUUUGGAGACUCUGCCAGAACCCCAACUGUUUUAAUCCAGAUUUAGACUCUUUAAACCCAAACCCCAUGCAAAAACACUGGCACCUUAGAGGUUUCUCUUUUAAGUGUUUUUAAAUGUCCAGAUGCUCCAUGGGCACCUGAGAGUUGGGGGUUAAACUGUCCUGCAGCAUUAUGCAGCCCACAGUGAUCUGGAUGAAUGGUUAUAUUUGCAACUCCUGAUUCAGACAGAGACUCACAUAUGGAAAAUAUUUUUAUAUAGUUAAGUGUCUUGUGGAUUGCAACAUUAUGUGUGAUAUCUGCACUAUCAAAUCUUUCUGUGAUUGUGGAGUUCAGAAAACCAGUAGUUUACUAAUGUUUUUAGAGUGAUACCCAUUCCAAUUUUUUUCUGCUUCUCUCUGACAAAGGAGGAGGAUGUCAAAAAAACAAAACAGAUCGCAAGACGGUGUCAAGUUUUACAGCUAAUUUUGUCAACAUUAUUUGAGACUAUAUCUUAUUCAGCACCAUCUUAAGGCUUUUUUUUCUUUUACUUUUAGCAUUUACUUACAUUUUCAUGAAGAGACUCUGGAAGGUGCUAGAAAUAUAUGAUGUAGUAUUGGUGAAUCACUUUUCCUAUACACGUUUGACACAGUAGUGGGAAGCUUUGGACUGAACAUAAUCCAUUUGGGAGUAGGAAAGGGAAAAUGCAAAUGGCUACUGGAGUUGAUGGGCUGAGCAAAGAGGUCUGAUUUAUAUGGCACAAGGAAUUUCGACUCUGAUUUUAUAAAAGCAUGAAAAUAAUGUGAAUUUCAGUUUUGUAACUGUAGCAUGAUAAUUUGAUGGGUGUGACAUGUGGUAGUCAUAGCUAAUUUUUGCAACAAAAAAAAUGAAGGGGGUAUAUUUGUUUUUACCCUGCUGUAUCGCUACUACUUUGUUAUACCUCCAGCUAUUCCACAUUGCUUUAUGUGUUCAUUCCAAUGAGAAACUUGUCCCAGUGGUGUCACUUUAUACUUUCUUUCUCUGAAAGAAGUGAAUCCUAAUUAUUUGGGAUGUAUCAGUGCCAAGCGAUUUUCAUUGUAACUCCUAGUAAAAUGAAAGUCUACUGAAAUCCCAACUAGUUUCAUGGCUCUGAGCAGCUCUACAAUUAGUAGUGCCGUGCCAACUAGCCUCUCCAUUGAAUUGGCAAAACAUUCUCAAAUUGCCCUAGAAAAACAAGUUGUAAUCUUCAAUAGCCCAGUGUGGUGUAAUGUUUUGAGUGCUUCACUGGAGCUCAGGAGACCAGUAUUCAAUUACCAUCAGCCAUGGAAACUCUCUGGGUCACCUUGGACCAAUCGCACUAGAGGAAAGCACUGACAAAUCCCUCCAAUGAAAUCUUGCCAAGAAAACCCAUGAUAGUUUUGCCUUGGGGUCACCAUAACUCAAAAGUGAAGGCACACAGCAACAACAGCAACUAUCCAGGCCAUGUGAUAUUGUAUGGUAUGCAUACAGUACAUAAUAGUAACAUGUAAAAAUUCUUUUGAGCAAGGCUAGACAGUUUAUUUCCCAUAGAAACUGUUUAUUCCAUGGAAAGAAAGUGGGAAGAAGAUAUUGGCAACUGGUCACCCAUGUAAAAAUAGUAAUAUUUUUUUUACAAAAUUAUACAUGAAAAUAAAAAAGCAACAUAGCACUGAAAAAUAAAUAAUUUAUUGUUUUUACAAAUUGGUAUGUGAAUGAUGUAAUGGAUUUAUUUAUUAUUUAACGUGAAAUGCCAAUUGUGAAAACUCUUCUAUAUUUAAAUUGUUUUGCUAUCACUUCUUUGUCUUUCUUUCUCUCCCACUUUUCUUUUUUUAAUGUAUGCCUUUAUAUUUGAAUGGAAAGUACUAUGUGAAUUUAUCAACACACAGCACUGGUUGCUUUUAUGUUGUUUUUUGUUUGGUUUUUUUUAAUAGAAUGUGUGCGCGUAUGUGAAUGUGAUACACACUGAUGUGAGUAUGGUCAAUAGUAUAAAUAAAAAUAUUUGGGUGUAUGGCAGUGUGGGUGUGUCAGAUAUAUAUAUAAACAAAAUACACAUGGAUACAUAUACUUGCAUGUAUAUGUAUAUGGACACUGACAUUCUUCAACAAAGACUUCUUUAAAAGAAAAGUCAGCAACAAAAAGAAAAGUAUGUUGAAAUAAAUUUAUUCUUGUUGUACUUGUUUAGUGAAAUCCAAAGGGUAUUGUUUAGAGACCUCCCAUUUCACCUUAUUCUUCUAAGGUUGGAGAACAGGUGUGCAUCAAUCCGCUCCCAUGUAGUUUAGUGAAAAAAUUACCUAUUUCCUCCCUCCCUCCACCCCCACACCCAAAAAUAAAUAAAUAAGGGGAGUUGCUGAUUUGACCAAAAUUGGCUUGGACGCCAGUGGAUGCCUUAAUAAUAAUGGCUUUUUGUAUUAGUUCAUUGUUUGAUUUAAUGUGCCUAAGAUAAUGAUGGUUUGUGUCACUUCCAUGAGCAAAAGCAGCCUUUUUGCAGACUACCAUAGCUCAAGCAUAGUUACCAUGUGCAGGACAUUCAGUCCCAUGUUAUGUUAGUAACUGUGGGUGGCAUUAUGGCCAUGCUCAUUGAUUUUGGUAAAGCAUGAAUGACACUUUUCUGAUAACUAUGAUGCUGGCUCAUCCAUUGUCCUUCAUAUUUUGAAGUCACAUUUAAAUCACCUAAAAUAAGUGACUUAAAUAAGGCAACAUAUCCCGAGUUUCAUAUCCUGCAUUAAUAAGCCUAGAACCAAAGCAUUUUUCUCAAGUAUUAAUAUCUCAGUUGAUUCUAAAGGUGUAAUGGAAUUGCUUCCAUGUUUUUCUCAGCAAAACCUGAAGAUUGGGGAGAUCGCUGUUAGCCCAUCCCCAAAGAAACAAGUACUAGCUUAUGAUUUGCCCUUACUGCAUACAGCAAUGCCAAAGGAUGGCUGUGGGAUGACAUUCAGGUUCAGAUAUUCAAAGGAACUGCUAUUCAACAAAGGGUUCAGAAGUAUUGGAAUGUGUUAACCAGGUGACUGACUUGUAGAAUGACUUUCCCUUCAGUUAGAAAUGGAGAAUAUGGCCUUCCAGAUGUUACUGGACUGCAACUCACCAUUUCUUAUCACUGAUUGCUGAGUAGGGGUGAUGGAAAUUAUAUUUUAAGCAUGUGUAGAGAAAAUCACUUGCCAUAAAUCUGAAUGAAAGUAAUGCAGUUCAUGUGCCACAUAACCUGGCUUAAUAAUGGCAUAAUCUUAUCAAUUGAAUAGCAAUUUCUGUGAUGCAAAUCUUCUGUGGGGAAGAAAUAUGCAAGAUGAAUAACACAAAGUAUAAAUGAUCCUAAAAUGCUUUAAUUUUGACUCAGCUUGGAAACUGCCAUGUCCUCAACCAUUUCCUUUUGACAUAUUGUCAACAGCUGGUAGUUCUAUCCACUUGAUUCCAAAAAAAGUAAUUCUUGGUCCAGACAGAAAAUCUCAAGCAGCUAAAAGGUGUGUGUGUGUUUUUAUGUGUUUCUUCUUAAGAAUAAGCAGAAGCCCUAGAAAUUAUCACCAUUUCACAGCAGUCAAAACAAAUGAAAAACCUGGCACUACAGUAGAGAAAAGAACAGACAGAUCAAGUCACUUAUAUAUUGUUGUGAAAAUGUUUGUUCAAAUCAUUUUGUGGACACCACUCUGCACACAAACAACACUCUUAAUUUCUCUCACAUUACAAAUGCCAAGUUUUUGUAUGAAUGCAAUCUGUAAGAACCAGGAAUCCAUAUUUUUACAGUAAAAUCCCAUUCAUGUCUAUUCAGAAGAAAGAUCUAAGUUCAAUGGAGCUUACUCCCAAGUCAGUGGGUAUAUAGGAAUGUAAUAGUGUGGAUCAAAAUGUUAAAAAGUGAAAAUUGCAAUUUAUUUUCUUAUCAACACUUCCUCAUAACAUAUCUCUCAAUAUAUGGCAUCCAAAUUAAGAAAAGUGGUUUCAUUUUAUUUUCCUUUCUAAAUACGAGUUUAUGUCCUUUUCUAUGACUGCCACUCUUGUCUAGUUUCACAAUACAGUACUUUGUUUUUUGCAAUAGUAAAUACCCACAAGAGCUUUGUUUUAUUAUGUUUUUAAUCUGAAUAUGCCUUACAGUUUAAUUUGUCCUUAAAUAUGUGUCCUCAGAUUAUUAGCAUAUAGAAAAAUGUAGGGGUAUUUUGAGAAAUCAACACUUUUAAUUUUAUACUAUUUUGGAAAUAAAUGAGUGUGUGGAUUAUGUUGGCUUCAGUAGAGCAGUUUAGAAAUAAAAGCAAGUAUUUACUUUGCUAAUUGUAAAAUGAAGUCUGCAUUUUACAGUGAGAGGGAAAUCCUGAAGAACAAUAUUCCUAAAAUGGUGAAAAGAUUGGUAGCUACUUCUAAUUCUGAAUCAUUUUAGCAUUGCUUCCUUUCUUAAAAUUGAAUUCUAAGCUGAAACAUAUAACAUACACUUUAAAUCAUACACUCCAAAACGAGCAAUUGAAAUGUUGCAAAAAUAUAUUAAUAAAUAACUGAAUAAUUAGGCAUAUGUAUAUGGAAGUGGCCCAUGCUUCUAUAUCAUGUAUUACUUUCAUUACAUUAGUCUGUGUCCAAACUUGACUUUACUAGACUUAAUUUAUAUCAUUACACUUGAAUGUUUAAUUAUGACAGAAUACAAAUCGUGUUUUUACAAUUCAUUUAGAAAAGUUUGAUCAUACUGGAAGUCGUGGCAUAUAAAGUGAACGACGUAAAAAAUUUACAAGAUUACUGUCCUUCAGAGAAGACUUAUCAAUACAAAUUUGGUUGCAGAGAAACAGAUAUCACUUAAAAAACAUAUGUAUUUUGCACAUAUAAUUAAAUAAAGAAUGAGAUAUUCUAGAACUUCCCAAUAAAAACAUUUAUGAUAUUUUACUGUUGGAAGACAUCAACAAAUUAAAUUGGUUCUGUAUCACUACCCUGAUAGUAAAAUGAAAAGUUUCAGUUUUUGGAUUACAAAUUACAGAAUCCUUAAACCAGCAUGUCUGGUGGCUACAACUCUGUUGUUCCAAAAAGCAUUGUGUCAAGUUCUGACUAAAACAUGUCUGUUAUACUAAGCAUUUCAGGUUCUAUCAAGAUGUAUAUAUUCCAAAUCCUUCUUCCUUUUGACAGGGAUGGCUGAUGGCUCCCAUUUCAGUGGGUCAGUGAAUCCACUCCAGGUAUAUGUCCUAACUAAUGAAUUUAUCACAAAGUGCUAAAUAUACUUUGGGAUUACAGCACCUUUGUAGAGAUUCUUGGCAGGGGGUUGGACUGGAUGGCUCACGAGGUCUCUUCCAACUCUAUGAUUCUAUGAUUCUCUGGGCUAAAACCUGGAUGGAUAUGCUGACCCACCAACUUGAAACUGACCAGAUGCCUGUGCCUUUUUUUCUUUCUGAAUUUAAUCUCUUCAUAUUCUGACGUUGCAAAAUAUGGUCCAGUAUUGAAAUGUGCUCUAGCUAAGAAACAACAUUUCUAAGAAGAAUGGUGCUAUAAUCACCCAGUCUUUGAUACAAAGAUUAAUACCAACCAAAGAUAAAAUCAGCAUUCCCUGGCCUUAUAUUAAGCAUAUUGAUUACUAUCCAUAUUGCCAAUGUGCACCAUAAUACCUUACACUGUAUACUCUCACAUAUAUUGUACAAACAGCCUAGUAAACUGAAAUUUCUGUUACUUCUUUUUCUUUGAGAGAAUGCUUUAUCAUGAUGAUUUAACACUGGAUAACACUACAAUGUCAGCCACUGAAUAAAGAUUUGUACUGUACUAUGAAAAA